AAAAGGAGAGCUCUUUCCAGUCGGCGCUGAGCCAUGGGCAUCUCUCGGGACAACUGGCACAAGCGCCGCAAGACCGGGGGCAAGAGAAAGCCCUACCACAAGAAGCGAAAAUAUGAGCUGGGACGCCCUGCUGCCAACACUAAGAUUGGCCCACGCCGCAUACACACAGUCCGUGUGCGUGGAGGCAACAAGAAGUACCGUGCAUUGAGGCUGGAUGUGGGGAACUUCUCCUGGGGUUCCGAGUGUUGUACGUGCAAAACAAGGAUUAUUGAUGUGGUCUACAAUGCAUCCAACAACGAACUGGUCCACACCAAGACCCUAGUAAAGAACUGCAUCGUGCUCAUUGACAGCACACCAUACCGACAGUGGUACAAGUCCCACUAUGCACUGCCCCUAGGCCGCAAAAAGGGGGCCAAGCUGACUCCUGAGGAAGAAGAGAUUUUAAACAAAAAGCGAUCAAAGAAAAUUCAGAAGAAAUACGAUGAAAGGAAAAAGAAUGCCAAAAUCAGCAGUCUUCUGGAGGAGCAGUUCCAACAGGGCAAGCUUCUUGCUUGCAUCGCUUCAAGACCAGGCCAGUGUGGCCGAGCAGAUGGCUAUGUGCUAGAGGGCAAGGAGCUGGAGUUCUAUCUGAGGAAAAUCAAGGCCGGUAAAGGCAAAUAAAUCAUCCUCCCUCCUAGCUUAGUCCAUGUAAUAAAGGUGUUUUGUGUUCUG